CGCCGAGUGCCCGUAAGACAUGCUAUAUUGGUAAACUUGACUUCCGUUUUUAUUAUUGGUAUUUUUAUCUUUCUCCAAACAAUCUUAAGCCUUAUUAAACAUUUUAUUGAAUAGGCCUUAUUAAACAAUCUUAGGCCUUUUUUAUCUUUAGCUAGAAGAAAUUAAUUAAGACGAGAUUUUUUUCCCCCUCUCUUUGAAAUUUGAAUGAAUUCAAAGAGAAAACGCUAGUAGUGACCGCCGCAACUUACUAACGUAGGAGAGGACAAGGAACAGGAUGAGUUUGCCCAGGCUGAGGGCACAGAGGUGGUCGAUGAAGCAUAACGCGUACCACGUUCCUGAGCAAAUGCCACUAGAUGAUCGAUGAUCAAGAACAACAUAUUAAAACCCUAAAAAAAGAUGCCGUCAAAAAGGCGUGCAAUUUGAUCACACCAUUUACAUGGAUUAUUCUUCUCAUCGGAUGUCAUGCAUUGCAAUUUGAUCACACCAUUUACACGGAUUAUUCGAGAUAAUAUAAUUUCAGUACAAAUUCAAAGUCUUUUUUCCCGGAGAAUAUAAUUUCAGUACAAAUUCAAGUACUAAUUAACUUAUUGACAAGGCAUUGUCGACGAGCAUGGCGACGCCGUUCGCCGUGGCGCGCAGGGAGGCCGGCAACGUGUCGUGUAGGCGUUCGCUGCUUCGAGGCGGAAGAUGUAAUGGUCCUUCCUCCAGAACCGCAUAGCCAGCCCAUCCGACGGGCGGGUCCACUUACACAUACCACUCCACUUACACUUUCGUCCUCGCUUCGUGUAAAAGGGUUAACCCUGGAGUGAUAUGGUUCGAGGGAAGAGGCCUUAUAAGUUAGUUCCACCCUUGCUAAACUAGCGCACAUAGCUCUCAUGGUAUUAAACAUGCGCACAUAGCUCUCAUGGGCCACAUAGGCUUUGUCCUAAUUAGGCCAGGAUGUCAUAGAAGUAGACACGGAUGACAUGGCCGGCGGAGGUGAGUGAGGUUGCCACAGUGUUGGCGGCAUCGGCGGUGGCGGCGGCGGAGCAGGAGUUGGAGUUGAAGUCCUCUUCGUUGACCUCGAGUUUGCGUGUUGUCCUUGACCUCCUCCCUCUCCGCGCGGUGGAGGUGGUCUCGGCAACAUCAGAGUUGCUCUUGGGAGGAGCUCGAUGGCAAGUGCAUGCUCAAGAGCGCCUACAAGAUGGCCAUGGCGGCGUGCUCUUGCUGCUGCCACGCGAUGGUGGGGAUGCCGUGCUACCUCUGGCGCACGUUGCGGAGCACCAGACGCGUGCGCCGUGUACACUGCCAUGACGACGACAACGUGGAGGAAGGAGGAGGAGGAUGGGACAGCUCAUUGUCAGACUUCGCCUGGAGCUCUAGCAAGGAUGAGGAGGAGGAGGGCUCCACCUCCACUGAAGGUGGGGAGUACGGUGGCCACGGUGGCGGUAGAAGGGAAAGGAGGAAUCAAGACCAGAUGCGGCGGUCUCUGCGGCUGAGACUGAUGAGCUUUAGGUCAAACUACCACGUAAGCGUCACGUCGAUGCCACGUGGGAUGAAGACCUAGUUAAAGGAGCCAUAUAGGUACCAUGCUAGCAAAAACCAGGGACAAUACUGUUGAGAGACCUUGUUUGCACUCGUUUUCGUAAGUUGGGAUGUUGUAUCUGCUUAUUUGCGGUCUAUGAACGAAUUGGUAGGCCUGAAAUUGGGCUUUGCUCUCCCAUGUUACUUGCAUGAAUAAGUUUACUUUAAGUCCCUCAAAAAUUGUUGCCAAGUCUGUAAUUCGUCCCUGGACCUCAAAACCGAAUACAACACAUCCCCAACGUACAAAACCAGUGCAAGCGAGAUCCCUCGGCACUAUUGUCCCCGGUUUUGGCUGAUAUGGCGCCUAUAUGGCUCCUAUGACUAAGUAUUCAUCCUAGGUAACAUUGACAUGGCAGUUUGAUCUUUAAAAAAAUAAAAUGAGCAAAAUUGAAAACUAACAAAUUAAAACAAAACAUACAGGGCCCAUAUGCUCCUUUAAUUUUUCUUUUUAGAUCAAACUGACACGUAAGCGUCACCUCAAUGCCACGUGUGAUAAAGACCUAGUUAAAAGAGACACAUGGGCGCCAUAUCAGCUAAAACCAGGGACAAUACUGUCAAUGGACCUUAUUUGCAUUGGUUUUAUAAGUUGGGGAUGCGUUGUAUCCGGUUAUGAGCGUUCUAGGAAGACUCAGCGACAAAAAUUGGGAUCUAAAGUGAACUUAUUCGUUACUUGCAUAACAAAAUGUUAUGGGCUUCAUCUUGUCUUGUUGUUGCUAGUACUUUCUAGAGCACUCGGCGUGGAGGGAUGGCAGCGGCAGCUCGCUUGCUGCCGGUGGCGGCGAAGCGACUAACGACGACGGCGAGGGCGAGGCGCCUCUCCACCUCUACCUCGACGUCCCCACCCGCCACUGCCGUACUCUACGACCAGCACGGUCCGCCUGACAAAGUCCUUAGGGUGGCUGAGCUGCCGGCGGCGGAGAUCGGCGAGCGCGAUGUGUGCGUGCGGAUGCUGGCCGCCCCCAUCAACCCCUCCGACCUCAACCGCGUGGAGGGCGUCUACCCUGUUCGCCCUCCCCUCCCUGCCGCUGUCGCAGGCUACGAGGGGGUCGGCCAGGUCCACGCCCUCGGCGGCGCCGUCGAUUCCCGGCUCCUCUCCCCCGGCGACUGGGUCAUCCCUUCUCCGCCCUCCUUGGGCACCUGGCAGACCUACAUCGUCAACCCAGCCACCGCCUGGCACAGGGUUCGCUCCGAUGUGCCUCCCCAAUACGUCGCCACCGUCACCGUCAACCCACUCACCGCGCUCAGGAUGCUCUGCGACUUCGUUAACCUCGCCCCUGGUGACACUCUUGUCCAGAAUGGCGCUACCAGCAUUGUCGGCCAGUGCGUCAUUCAGCUCGCCAAACUGCAUGGUCUUCACACCAUCAACAUCAUAAGGGACAGGCCUGGUUCACAAGAGGCCAAGGACAAACUUAAACAGCUUGGAGCAGAUCAUGUGUUUACGGAAAGCCAGCUAGACAUCAAGAAUAUCAAAAGCUUAUUGGGUGCUUUGCCAGAACCUGCAUUAGGGUUGAAUUGUGUUGGAGGAAAUGCUGCUUCUGUCAUACUGAAAUUUUUAAGGCAAGGUGGCACAAUGGUGACAUAUGGUGGAAUGUCCAAGAAACCUGUUACUGUUUCUACUUCAUCUUUCAUUUUUAAGGAUCUUUCCCUAAGAGGAUUCUGGCUACAGAAGUGGAUGAGUUCAGAUAAGGCAGAGGAAUCUAGAACAAUGAUAGACUACCUGUUGGACCUGGUGCACGAAGGCAAACUUAAAUACGAGAUGGAGUUGACGCCCUUCAGUGACUUCCAUUUGGCUCUUGAUAAGGCACUCGGCAAACAUGGAAGCCAACCAAAGCAGGUUCUCAAGUUCUAAGAUAAUGCAAGGACAACGGAUGAGAGAGAGCUUGUAUUACAAAAACAGGAGUAGAAAAAAGGAUGUAAACAGUGCAUGUGUGCGUGGCUAGGGGAUCGGUGGCCUCUUUCAGUAGUAGUUACCAGGCUGACUUGGGAAGCGGCAAUAUGUUUUGCGGUGAUUGCAGCGGAUCUCUGUCCAAUAAUGGCGGAUCACUUCACUUGAGAGUAGAAAGACGUAGUAUAUCACUUCACUUCAAUCCCCCCGCGCAAUAUGACCUUGUGUGGUUGUAAGUUCUGAAGUGGUAUUGAUUACCGUCCGAUCUGGAGAAAGAAAGUUUUCACUAGAUUAUCGUCA